CAAAGCUUAACAGCUGUUGUUUAUUUACAAAUACAUUUUUAUUUAUUAUUAAAUGUCAUAAAAUAUAAACAAUUUAUUUAAAAAAUGGUAGAAAAGGCUUCCCAAGAUUAUAGCAAACUACUACAAAGUGUUAGUUUAGAUAAGGAGAUCAAUCCAAUAUGUAUGAGCAUAGAAGAUAUGCUGACGAGAUUAGAUGAGCUGGAAUCUUUAUUGGUCAAUGUAAAAGGUGAAACCAAUGUUAUAAUGGAUCAAUAUACCAACAGUAUUUUGGCUUUUACGCCUCAAUUUGAAGUACUCAAGGAGCGCAUCGAUCAAUUGGAACAUUUUGUUGGUGUGGUUAAUAACAAUAUGGAUGAAGUAGAAAAGUCAAUAGAUAUAGCUGAAGCUGAAUUGAAUGUUACCGACUACAGUUUAAGAGGUUUACUGUUCAAACCUUUGUUAGCCAAAGCCAAAUCUGUGUCGGAAUCAAAUACACUGUCGCCUGUUGAAGAGCCUGUUAUAGCUACAAAUCUUAAAGAUGGUAAAUUUGAAGCUGUGCAAGUUUUUAAUACUUCAGAUUUUUUUAAAAAAGAUAUGUCAUAAUAUACUGACAUUUGUAUUCAAUAAAUUUAAUACAUAAUUCAGUCCAAUGUGCCUAAAACUAAGAAUAACGUCUAAAUUAUUAAUUUAAUAGUAUAAAAUGCAUACAUUAAUAAUAUAGAUUUGAAAAUUUUAAAUAAUCCCAACAAAUCCAAUAAAGAUCGAUUCAAACUGAA